GACGUGACUUGGUUUUUGACGAGCUUUAUUUUUAUUUACAAAUAGCCUAAAAGGCUAAAACGAGCAUUUUUUUUUACAUGGAUAGAAAAUAGUCAGGGAAAGUUUGUUACUGAACGGGUUUCGUUACUUUCGUGUCAUACGAUAUAUGCGCUACCCGAUAGUCGUAAAAUCGUGUAGAGAAAAGGCGUUGGUUUCAUUAAAUCAGCUGCGAUAGCCUCUGACCAGCUGGGACUUCUUUUAGUGCAUACUUUUUUUUUGUAAUUUGAGUUGAAACUGUUUGUAGACUUUAAACGAGACAUAAUCUAAUAGAUUCAUUCAUUAGACAUUAGUAGAUGGUGCAACAAAGCGUGAAAACCAGGUUAAGUCGUUAAGUUAAGUCAUUGUUUUCAUUAAACCUGCUUUUAAGUUCGGAGAGUUUGGACAUUUUUGGCUUUUUUCUAAAACCGGUUAAAACGCACAAAAGGAAUAAUAUAUAGCAACGUGGCAAUGCACAAGAUUAUGUUUUUUCGUUGACUUUAAAAAUUGUUAGCAGACGAAUUCUGAGAAGGCUUUUGUGACGCGUAGGACACGGGCCACGGGGCAGCGUUUUCAUUUCUAUUUUUAUGAGGAUCUUACAAGUUGUGGUCUUCGUCUCUCCGCCAUAACAAAACAAAGUUUUUCUUCAAUAAGGAAGCACACAAAGGAAAGCAAUGACAACUUUGACAAGGAAGAAUUCAAAUUCCUCAUUUUGAAAAAAUAGCUAAAAUUGUUGACUACAUCAAAACUCAAAAGUAUUCUGUGUAACUGCAAUGAAGUGUUGCUGCAUUCCUUCCUGUCCAAAGCCAACUAGUUCGGCUUGUCAUGACAUUCCAUCUGAUGUUCAAAGAAGAGAACAGUGGCUGACUAGCAUCAAUAGUGAUCACCUUGUUCUCACAAUAACUGAUCAAGAUAUUCUUUCCAUUUGCUCUCUUCAUUUUAAACAGAGUGAUUACAUAUAUCUUUUCUGUGAUGAUCAAUCUAAAAGAAAAAUAAGGGAAGAUGCUGUGCCAUCUGUCUUUCCAUGGACUGGUGAUUGGGACAGCAAUUACACUGCAGAGAUGGAGGUUGCUGAACUGUACGGGGAAUGUUCACAACAAGCUGAUUGUCCAGAAACAAUUGCAACCACAGGCCUACCAGAAGGGGAGGCAGUUCAGUUGGGAAAUGUUGAGUCACUUGGUAUUACUACUCCUCGAAUUUCCACUGACGAUGAUGCUUGCAAGGAAAAUCCAUCUGCCCCCAGUGACUUGAAUAACAGUGAGACUGAUACAGGAAGGCUGAAAAACUUGCGUGCGACCUCUAUACCAACAGCUUCAUUCAGCCACGUCAUGCAGCUUUCGGCAUCCACAUCCAAUACUACUUCACGUGUCGAGUCAUCGGACGACGAGGAUAUCAAGAUUUUCAACAUCCUGCCCGAAAAAUUUCAGUAUAGCUGUACAGAAUGUGAGUUCAAAAGCCCAAACAUAAUUUCUCUCAAGGAUCACAGAAUGAAACGUCAUCCCUAUGAAAGUCGAUCUGAACCCACAAGCGCGAACAAAACAGUUAAUUCUUUCCUUGGGCUCAGUAUGUGCGAAACUCCUACUCGAAAAAGUCGUGGCUCGCCUAUUUCAUCAUCUUCAUCUGGAUCUCAAUAUCUAGACAAAUCUGGAAGACGACGUACUAUUUAUUCUUGUACGCAAUGUUCGUAUACGAGCAAAGACAAUUAUGAAGCUCUGAAAGUUCACAUAAAGAAAAAGCACUCGCCAAGUGCCUCCAAUACCGCUGAUCGCUCUAAAAGUAAUCGCCUGUCACCUUCGUCAGCAUCGUCCUCAACUUUGGAUUGUCCUCAUCCUCCGAAGAGGGCUGUUCGAAAAUGGUAUCAUUGCUCAGAGUGCGCAUUUCGAACGCCUAAUGCGAAGAAAUUAAAAGCGCACCUGAGAGAAAACCAUCCCAAUACGCCGAAUUCGUUAGACAGUGAAGCCACGAAGCCGACCACUUCAAAACAAAGCGAAACGAAGACAGAUGAAGUACGCUUGGAUAUUGACCGUUCUGAUUUGAAAAGAGUAAAGCGAAACGGGAUAAAUUAUUAUAUGUGUCCUGGAGGAAAUUGCUCCGUUCGAGCGAAGGACCCGGCUUAUGUUCUACGUCAUUAUCAGAAGAAUCAUUUCACACUGAAGUCGGAGAAACGAACCAAUUCUGUCACGCCAAAAGAAGAAAUGGUCGAAUUAUCGCCGAUUGCCAGUCCUCGAUUAAAGACGAAAAGUACAGAUGAAACCAUCAACAGCGAGGAACGUGAUCGAUUCUUUUGCAAAUUGUGCAAAUUUUCCACUCUGAAGAAACCGAAUCUUAAACAACACGAAACGAGGCAUGGAAAUAAUGCUGCAUAUAAAUGUAAAAUGUGCUCGUACUCGGUCGCCGGCAGCCGUCAGCUCGCCUUCCACAUAACCAACCAUCAUCAAGAAGGCUUCCCUUGUAGCUUAUGUGAUUUCAGAGCCGAAUCCUGGAAUUCAAAAAAGAGACAUGAGGCAACUGUUCAUAAAUUAUCUACAACUGUCAAGACUCGGACUAGUGCUUCAGAGGAGCCAUCCGACUUGGAUCAUGAUUUAGAAUAUGCGUGUUCUCAUUGUUCUUAUAAAACCCCUUCUCGAGAACGUUUUCUUGCUCAUGAGAAAACACACUUGCCUGACGUCGAAGAAUCAUCGACCGAGGAGUUAUCAGUUGAGAGUGACCGCAAGGUAACGAGGGCACUAACCUCGAUUAAAAAGUUGAAAAGAAAACGUGACGAACCGGAAGAAUCCAUUAGCAGCGGUGGGACAGUCAAACUGAUCGAACGACUCGUCUAUCAAUGUCCUCUUUGCAGUUAUUGGGCGCGAACCGUGACAAAUUUUCACCAACACUUUAUAGCACACGAGAAAACUCCAGCGUUCAAAUGUUCCGAAUGCGAUUAUAGCGAUCGUUACCGCAGAAAUGUGACGAGACACAUAACGAAUAGUCCCAAGGCAACGCACAAAUCCGCUUGCUGGGUUUUGAUUAAAUCUGUUCCAGAAAAUCAAUAUCCCGAGUACCUCAAGACAGCCAAUGUACCUGAAUGUAGUUAUUCGGGAAAAUCUCUGACUCCCACUAACGGAAUUUCAAAUGGUAAAACGUUCGAAACAAAAUCUUCAGAUUCCAGCGAAAAUCGAUCAAGGACUGCAAGCGAAUCAUUCCCUGAAGGCAGUUCAGAUGACGAAUCUCAUGAAUGGAUUCCAUCAUCGCCAUCUAUCAUGAAAGACAUCGACUCCUCUUCCCCGAGUUGUGUGGCUACUCCAGAUGAGUCAUCGGAAUAUGAAGAAAAGCGAACUUCACUUUGUUCGCCGACGUCCAAGUCAAAACUUUCUUCCGAGAGUAGUGCGUCGUCUGAUGCAUUCAAUAGUAGAAUAGUUCUCAGAAGUUCUUCGAAAAAGAAUAAUAGUCCUCGUCGAAAGAGAUUACGAAUCGACUCGAAUGAGUCUGGCGAAGCCAGCAAUGAACCACUGCCCCGGAAUAAAAUGAAAGCUCUUCCUGCUCCUCCUUUGAAAAACACAGAACGCAAAAAUGGCAUACUAAGCAUCGUUGAUCAGAAGUUAGAAAUCAAGAUGAAGUUGAAGAUUCCAUCUAGCUUUCCCAAGGGUCCGUUUCCUGCAUUAGAAGAGGCUUUGGCGAAACGUCAAAAGGAUGAACGGAAGAUUUCAGAAAUGCGACAGAAAAUCAAUAGGAUGCGGGCAAAACAGGAGAAAACGAAAGAAAGGGAUGAACUCAGUCAGUCGGACUUAUUGAAACUGAAGGAAAGAAAGGGUGUUGUUAUCAAGCUAAUAACGAAACUUAACGGUAAAAAAAUUGAAGCCGAGCUACAAGUUCGAACUCAACAAUGCCGAGAGCUCAAAUUAAGCCUUGACAUGUAUGAUCCUGAGCAGCAAGAAACGGGUAAAAACACAGAGGAAAUGGCUGAAAUUAAGAAACUUGUCUCUGAAUUAGAAGAUAAACUUGCGUUGAUCAGCAAAGAAAUUGCGAAUCUGCAAGAAGAAAAUGAAGACCUCGACCGCCAAAUCAAAGAUACUGAAGAAUCUCAUGCUGGAGCCGCUCAACUCUUUGAAAUUCUACAAAGUGAACUGUCCGAAAAGGAAUCAGAAUUGACUUCUUUUGAACAAGAACUGACAGAGUCGGAUGCUCGAAUUGCGGAAUUGGUGAACAAGGAACGAAAGGAAAUCACAGCUCUCACUGAAAUUUGCGAAGAUGAAUUGAAAAAGGCUUACAUGAGAGGUUUAUCAGAAAUUCGCGAUAGAGAGCAAGAGUUGCUCAAUGCUUUGGAACAAUUUGUCAAGGAAAAAAAUAAUGAUUCUCUGAAUAUUGAUGAAAGCGUUUGAUAUUGAUACACAAAACUUGUGAUUAAGAAUUUCUGGGUGAUUCUGAAAAUUUCUGAGAUAAACUCCAUUUGCGUUUCUUACUGAUCAUUCAAAUUGAUUCUUCUCCAAGUUUUCAGUUAUAUGUGUAAGUGAUGUCGGUAUUUAGAUAUUGCGCUUCGAUUAUUGCUAUCUUUACUUUCUGACAAGGAAACGUUUAAUAUGUUGUCUUGUUAUUAUUUCGAACUGAGCGACUGUGUGGUGUUAACAAGACAGCAAUUUCCAAGGGUUUUAUUUGCCUCGAAUGCAAUAAACUGAAUCAAAUUCCUUU